GAGGUGAAAUUUAUAUAUCAUAAAAUUAACCAUUCUGUCCCUUUAUCUCCUAGUGAGUCAACUUUUAGGGUGGUCUAAAUUGGAGCUUGAGAGAUGGCUCUAGGGGAAAAUGCUUGCUAUGCAAGCAUGAGAAACUAAGUUCUGGUCCUAGAACCCAUGUAAAUGCUAGGCGGGUGUGGUGUCCAGCCUGUAAUUCCAGUACUUUGAAGGCGGAUCCCUGGAGCAGGCGAGCAAGCUAGACUAGCUGAGUGGGUGAACUCCGAGGUCAAGUAAGAAACCCUGCCUCAGUAAGUGUGUAAGUGGAGAGCAGUUGAGGAAGGCUCCAGGGUCAAGGAUGGGCUUCUACUCCACCACAGGGGGAAAAGUGCUCAGAAUUGUUAUGGCUGGUUCGUCCAUUUAGGUAGAAGGUUAUAAAGGAUUUGAAGACACUCAGUAUGAGACUUGAUUUAGUAAAUGAGCAUCCAAAUUCUCUUGUCCAAAAAGAAAUUAAGUUACCUGACUGGGUUCAGAUAGGUUUUCUUUAAUAUGGUGACCACACAUGAUAUUGUAAGCUGAUAACUGCAUUUGAUGCAGCUAAACCCACUGCAGAACAAGAUUAAAUAAAAUGCAAAGAAGCCUAGUUUAAAAUCCCCUCCAAACCUUCGGUUUUGUGGGAGUGCUUGAUUUACAUAUUUCUGCUGUUCUAAGGAACUGCCGACUCCUGCUGUGUUGCUGUGGGGUCACCUGUCCUGUCUUGCUCUUCACGCUCUCCUGAGCCCUUCAGUCUCUUUAAUUGCUAUAGAAGUUGUUGGCUCCUGUGGUUUUAAGAUGCAGCAUUCAAACUGUUGGGUCCUCUCAGUGCUUGUGCUUCUGAAAGCAGGCUUGAAAAAGCAUCGUAUGGGAAAUGUAAACAAGUUGGCUGCUCUUAGAGAGUUUUUUAAAGGAUGAAGGUUGGAAGAGACCUUGGAAACUAGCCCUCCUUUAUGGGUGGAAGAUCUCUUCAUAGUAGAGGUCAGGACAAGAGCCUGGGGGUUGGGAAUGGGGUUAGAAGGUUCUUGCAGGCUAGGAGAGACACGGGGAGGAAGUACUAAGUAGAUGGCGCAGAAUAUGAGAACUCUGUGGCGAGUUCUGUUUGACAAGUUAUUUAUUUCUAAUGGGACCAUAUAAAAAUAGCCUAUGUGUAGGCAUCAACAAGUCUCAUUACGAAAGGAAUCAACUAGCUUGGAAACCAGGUGACUGGCCCUUGCAACCCAAGUACAGGCCAGCAUGAGCCACAGUAUGAGACCUGUCUCAGAAAGCAAAACGAAAAAUAGACAGCCUUCAAUUUUGCAAAAAGAAAUAUUAGAACUGUGAAACUAGCUAUCAGUGCAGUCAUAAACGUAGUUAAAAGGCAUCAAAACUUGUGUGUUUAUGUUGAGACAGGAGAUUGGCUUCAAAUCCCCAGUCCUCUGCCUCAGCCUGAGCGCUGGGAUCGGCACUGUUCUUGGCUUCCUUCUGAAGUACUUUAUUCACUUUUGAAAACAUGCAAGAACGAGUAAGCUCUCUCCUCUGCCACUAGACUGCCUGCUGCCACUUGACCACCAUCCGUGUUCCUCGCUUGUACUUAAUAGAAUUCUACAGAUGUAGCCAUUUGUUGCCAGUCAAAUUUUCAGGUUUAAAGGACUUUUGUAGCUCUCAAAGUUUCUACUUUCUUCCCCCUCAGUUUUUCCUAUGUUAACCAGGGGAAAGGGAGGAAAAGGUCUGUUAUUGGAAGAGUCUAGAGGCCUUUCCGAAGCCAGAUCCAUUUUGUCUACAAUGAAGAAAACCCAAAAGUCAAAGACACUCGCAAGAUCAUUCAUGAUACAGUUGUAGCUGUUUUCAACAAAGCUCGGUGAUGAAAACUGUUAUUUUUAACAAGAUACCUCCAAGUUAAACAUGAAACGAAAACACUUGGAUCGUUUCCGUUCUGGCAAGGCAAAGAAUACAGCGUUUUCCAGCUAACUGGUCAUGGCACCUCUCUAAGAGUGACUCGUCAUGCACCCCACCGGGAACAUGGAUGUUGGCUUUACACGGUCUGCUGUUCAGACCUUGUCCAGGAGCCACUGCAAAAACAUCAAACAGAAGAUUUCCCAGUGGGAAGGAAGAGCUAACGGUGUAACCAAGACAGCUAAGUUUCACCCAAAGGACUUUGGAGUGAGGUAUAACUGCCACCAAGAGAGUCCCCCUCAUAAGCGUCCCACUGGUGAGGAAAGGAAUGGGGCUUUACCCAGAAACACGGAUGUCAAAAGCCGAGAUCAAAGUGAGGAUGAAGGCGAGGGUGGAGAGUGUAGAGGCUCCCACCCCUCGGAAGCUGGACUGGACUCCAGCCUGGUGUGUGCUCGGGUCAAACAAAUCGAAGGCUGCCAAGCUGUUGCUGUGGGUCCAGAGGCUUCCUUACCGCCAGGAAACUUCUACACCUCCCAGAUACCGUGGAGAAGCAUAGACGGGCUCUCCCCAGAUAAACCCUUAAAUUUGGCCUUAGCACCUUGUAACUCUACAGGGAGAGAACCGGAUCUCAGUGUUCUGGAUAGUUCUUACGGAAUAACCAAGAGCUUGGAAAAUAUUUAUUAUGAACCUGAGGGGCAGGAAUGUGGCCCCUCUAUAAAUCCUUUACCCAAACCCCGUAGGACAUUCAGGUAUUUAUCUGAAUCUGAUGGUAUACCAUAUAAAGAAAGGAACUGUGAUCAAAAGUACUGUGAAAGUAUUUCCUGUGUGGACCCUUCUUUGGCCUCUUCUCAGGAUCCCGAACCAAAGAAAUAUGGCGGGAAGAUCAGAGGGCGGUCCAAAAGGAAAUCCUUUGAAUUUGAAGAUAUCCAGCACUUUCGGAACUCACGAAAGAUCCAUGAAGAACUUGGAAGAAAUGCUGGCUCAGCACUUUACUACACACAGUCCGAGGAUAAUAUCUAUGAGGAUAUUAUAUAUCCAGCCAAGGAAAAUCCAUACGAAGAUAUCCCAGUGCAGUCGUUCCCUGUUUGGAGAUCCCCUUCAGCGUGGAGGCUGCCACCUGCUAAGAGCGCCUUCCGAACACCCAAGCUUCCUCCCAAACCCCAGUUCUUUCAGCGGAAGACUAUGGAACUGAAGAAUUCUCAAGCAUAUUUUCGAUCAAAAAUCACAAAGGAUACUACUUUGCCUGUCACCCUAACGGAAUGGAAACUGUUCCGAGCUGGAGAGGUGGCUAACAAGAAGAAGAGAAAUCUCCCACCGCUUGUUUUGAAAAUAAAUGAUACAUUUGAAUCUAAGAGAGGGAAGAAGAGGGUAAAGUUACAGCCUUACACUGGAAAGGAAGCCCCCUCCUCAAAAGGUGAAACCAGUGGGAACGAGAGCGAUGCCGAGUACCUGCCAAAGAAUCGCCACAAGCGCUUGGCACAGCUGCAGCCGUCCUCCAAGAGGAACCCCCACUACCAGACCUUGGAGCGCGACCUCAUUGAGCUACAGGAGCAGCAGCUCUUUGAACUCUUCGUGGUGGUUUCUCUGCAGAAGAAGCCGGCAGGGUACACUCCCCAGGUCAUACAGCAGUUCCCUAGCAAGGGUGACCAUGGCUACAAGCAGUCCAAAGACACUGAGGAAAGGCUCAAAGUCAUCCCCAGGUUUUGUUUUCCUGAUUCAGAGGACAGCGCACCAACCUUAGAACUCAAGAGUGAAACCUUCUCCUUCGUGCUGACUGGAGAAGAUGGAAGCCGGUGGUUUGGCUACUGUAAGAAGCUUUUGCCAGAAGGCAGGGGAAAGCGGCUCCCUGAGGUGUACUGCAUGGUUAGUCGCUUGGGCUGCUUCAAUCUUUUCUCAAAGAUCCUGGAUGAAGUAGAGAAGAGGAGAGAGAUGUCUCCAGCCCUUGUGUACCCAUUCAUGCGAAGUGUCAUGGAAGCCCCUUUCCCAGCUCCUGGCCGCACCAUCACAGUUAAGAGCUACCUCCCUGGGGCUGGAGAUGAGUCAAUUGAACUCUGCCGACCACUCGAUUCACGCCUGGAACAUGUGGACUUUGAAUGCCUUUUCAAAUGCUUGAGUGUGCGUCAUCUCAUCCGGGUCUGUGCCUCUCUCCUUCUCGAGCGGAGGGUAAUCUUUGUUGCUAACAGCUUAAGCACCCUUUCAAAAUGCGGCCAUGCUGUGGUAGCUACACUGUAUCCGUUCACCUGGCAGCACACCUACAUCCCAGUGCUGCCAGUGUCCAUGAUUGACAUAGUGUGCUCACCUACUCCGUUCUUUAUCGGGAUCUUGUCUUGUUCCUUACCCCACCUCCAGGACCUUCCGAUUGAGGAGGUGCUGAUAGUUGAUCUCUGUGCAGACAGGUUCCUACAGGAGGUGUCUGAUGAGGAUGAAAUUCUGCCACCUAAACUUCAAGCAGCCUUGGUGCAGAUUUUAGAAGAUCGAGAUGAAGUCUUGGCUCAGGAACAGCAGUUUUCACAAGAGGUGACACUCAGUUCUCUGGUGUCGGAAGCGUUCGUCAGGUUUUUUGUGGAGCUCGUGGGGCAUUAUUCUCUGAACAUGACUGUCACAGAGCGUGGGGAGCGUGUGUUCCAAAGGGAGCCAUUCCGGAAGUCCCACACUUCCCGAAGUGUCCGCCACUUCCUAGAUCUCUUCAUGGAGACACAGAUGUUUGCAGGAUUUGUCCAGGACCGGGAGCUUCGGCAAAGCGGAGUUAAAGGUUUGUUUGAAGUCCGGGCUCUUCAAUAUUUGGAAACAAUUCCUGAGUCGGAACCCAGCGGGGUGAAUAGAAUUUUACGUAGUCUUGGAAGUAAAAUGAAAUUUCUUCACAAGAAGUGAAAUCUUUUCUUCAUUCUAAACAUAGCUGGAAGUGCCAACGACAGUGUUUUCCCAAGGAUCUGGAUGCUCGGGAGAGUCCUGUAACAUCUGUGACUGUAAAAGGAGAAAGACUGUUGGAAAACUCUCCUGUUGCUGCAGACCAACUGGGAGCAGUCUAGAACCAGUGCGCUCUCUUCUCCUUCUGAUUUGGGGACUGUUUUGUUUGUUUGUUGUUUUUGAGACAGGGUCUCUCGCUAUAGCCCUGACUGUGAUGGAACUCGUUCUGUAGAUCGGGCUGGCCUCAAAUCCUGAUGUCACAAAUCUCAAAGAUCUCACAGAGGUCCUCCUGCCUCUGCCUCCCAAGUGCUGAGAUCAAAGGCGUGCACCGCCAUGCCUGGGCUCGUUAUUUUACAGUGGUGUUUUAUCUUUGGUUACUGAUGGGUGCAAGAGCCUCUGCUUUGUGCUUGUGGUUGUCCUUUACAAGGAGAAGACUCAGAAAUACUUGGUGUUGAGUUCCUAAAAACAAUGCAAAGAUGAGAUUGACAGAGAAAUAAGGAGAAUAAUGAGAGUUUCAGGUACUAGGGAGACAGACAUGGAGGACACCAUGGUCACACGAUUCUCAUCACUGAAGCAUCAUAUUGCUUUAAAUACGUGGACGGUUUGUGCUUUCUAAUUCCAGUACUGUCACCAUUGAUUAAACCCCCCUUUUGUCCCAUGUCCUAUCUUGGAGAAUUUCACUCAUGUUAGAACUUUAAAAAAAAAGCAGACACCAGGCAUGGCCUCCUCAGAACACGUGUCCUGCUGGGAUAGCUUGCUUCUCAUAUGUCAGCAUUAUGCUUUAUGGAAUGGAGCCAACAUUAAAAUGUCCUUUUAAGGACAUAGCUAUCUGAGUUUUGGUGUUUACAAUUUGCAGCACUGUGAUAAUCUACAUGUCAUCUUAUUCAAGCUUUAGAUCAGCUUCAUGAUAUUCUACAAGAAACUGGAGUUCAGAGAAGCUAAGGAAUUUGGCCAGUUAUAUACAAGAAAGAACUAAGCCAAACACUUGACUUAUGAACACAUACAAAGCUGGUUAGUCCUACAGCUGUAAAUGAACUCUUUAUAGUGAUGUUUAAAGUUCUCUGUGGAGCACACCAGAGCUUCCUUUUUGGCUCUGAUGAGACGUUAAGCUAUGGGGGUCUAGACAAGGUUUGUUCCUUUGUUUCUUCUUCUGCUGCUGGGGAUAGGACCCAGGGCCUUUUGUGUGCUCUGCCACACUGGUUAUUUUUACAUCGGUGUGAGUUUUUAGUGUUUCCUAAGCCUCUUCAUCAACCAGAUGCUGAAAAUCUAAAGUAGGAGUAGCACCUGGGAAAGGGAGUUUGUCAGUGAGGGUACAGUUUUCAUUGAUAAGUGAGAAAUGUUGUGGUAAAUGUCAGUUGUUUUCUGUAACCUUUGCCCACUGCUUUACCUGGCAUGGAAAAUACUCAUUCAGACUUGGAAAGUGUUGUUUGUUGUACUGGGAUACAACUCACUGACUUGUAUAGUAUUGUCAUUGUCACUCAUACUAGGGUGUCUGAAUGAAUCCAUUUAAGACUGGUGCUGUGCAAUAUAGUUCCCACACAUGGGUCCAGGGAAGAGAACUGAGUCUGUCCUUUCAAAUGUUAGUGCAGCUCACCCAGGGGAGCUCCUCCCAGACAGCUCUCUCCUUUCCUUCUUCCUACACUCCAAUCCCGAUGGAACAAUUCAUGACUGGUUGUUUAUAAGAUGGGGAAGGAGGGUUUACUGUGGUCAAUCAUGACUGUCCCUCUGCAGGGAGACUGCUUUUGGGAGAGUCUUAACCUUCUUAAGAUCUAAAGCUGCUUCCUUUCCUUGAGUUUGUUGUAAUUUGUUUUUGUAAAUGUUGUGAAUUCUAAAUACGUUUGUAAAAAGAAUUGUUCAAUAUUUCUAUCAAAUGUUUACAGAUAAAGGCAUUUUAAAAAAA